ACACAGGGACACCUCCAGCCAGGCAUCUUCACUAGGAUGGAAAUUCGCUACGUGUACAGAAGCCAUUAGCACCAUAAUUGCUGUCUAUCACUAUGACAACCAGUCGCUGCAGUCACCUUCCUGAGGUCCUACCAGACUGCACAAACUCAGUCCCAUCCGGAAAGACAGUGGAAGAUUGCACCAGUCUUGUGAAUGGGCAGCCACAGUAUGUCAUGCAAGUAUCAGCAAAGGACGGUCAGCUGCUGUCUACUGUAGUACGGACUCUAACUACUCAGAGCACCUUCAAUGAUCGUCCAAUGUGCAGGAUCUGUCAUGAAGGAAAUACCCAAGAGGAUCUCCUUUCUCCAUGCGAAUGUACGGGAACUCUAGGGACAAUACACCGGAGCUGCCUGGAGCACUGGCUGUCAUCCUCCAAUACCAGCUACUGUGAACUCUGUCAUUUUAGGUUUUCUGUGGAACGAAAGCCUAGACCAUUAGUAGAGUGGCUUCGAAAUCCAGGCCCACAGCAUGAGAAAAGGACUCUGUUUGGAGACAUGGUAUGCUUCUUAUUCAUUACUCCAUUAGCCACUAUUUCUGGGUGGCUAUGCCUUCGAGGAGCUGUGGAUCAUCUGCACUUCAGUAGCCGACUAGAAGCUGUUGGACUUAUUGCACUUACAGUUGCACUUUUUACCAUUUACCUCUUUUGGACACUUGUGUCUUUUAGAUACCACUGUAGAUUAUACAAUGAAUGGCGUAGGACCAAUCAGAGAGUUCUUCUGGUGAUGCCAAAAUCAGUCAAUUUGCCAUCAAACCAGCAGUCUUUGCUGGGCCUGCACACAUUUAAAAGGAACUCUAAAGAAACGAUUGUGUGAUGAUGGGUAACCCCAGACUUUCCUUGAAGCACUGUAGCACUAUCUCUUAAUUCUGUAUCCUGGACUUCAUUCAAAGACUGUUACCUUAUCGUGGAUAUUUAACGUCAGAGAACCCUCAAGUUGAGUUUUAAUUUAAAUAAUUAUAACUACAAUUAUGUAUUUGCUAACAUGCCAAACUUGUUUAUUUAGCUAAUGACAUCUUGCAUAUUUUCUAAUUAAUUCUACCAAGAGUGCAUCAUUUUUACAUUUUUCAUUGCCCAAGAAACUGGUUAUGAAAUAUACAAAUACUUUUUUAAACUCUGUAUUAUAAUGGAUAUUUGAUUACAUUUGUUGUGGAAAGUACCGCAGAUCAAAGCAUUACAUAUACAUUUAAACUCCAGGCAUUAUGUGCGUCCAGCAAAAAACAUCUUGCAUUCAAGUUCAUUCUUACUGUGACAAUAUGCAGACAUUUUAUGAUUGUGAACUGUUUUCUUUCCGGGACAUUUUUUAAUUUUUUUAAUUUUUUUUUUAAUAUUUUUCAACACAGUUUGCAUAAUGUCUUUUUUUUUUUCUCCAAGCCUUACAUUUACAAGAACUAAUGUGUACCAAAUAGGAGGUUAUGCUACACAACUAGGUUUGGAUUAUGCAAAAGAGACAAUUAAACUUUUUUUUUCGCCUUCAAUUGAUUCCUUGGUCUACAAUGUUGGAAGUCUGGAUUUUACUGCUGAGUUGGACAGUAUUCUAGAUCUACGUUUUGCAAAAAAAAAAAAAAAAAAAAUCUAAACGAGAAGGGACGCACAUUCAUGCUGAUGACUCAUUCACUUCUGGAGCGCUCAAGAUAAGGAUGUUUGUCACAAGCAGUGACAGAGAAUGAAUUCUCACCAAAUUAAAAUACUGAGUGAUUUGGAUAUAUAAGUGAUAUUAUGAAUUAUACAGUUGUGCAUUAUUUAAGUAAUAAAUACUACAUCAUUUU